AGUUCUUCUGUGGCCUUUUUCUUCCCACUUGCUAAGCAAUUCCCAGUGCUCAAUCAACAUCUUUUUAAGCACAGUUUGUGAGAGAUAUUAAUCACACCUGCUUUCCUCUGUGAUUAGCCCUCAGAAAUCUGCUUGAAUUCAUUGCUUUUCUCAAGUUGCAGAGAUGGUGUCUGAUAACAUAAGAAACUCUGUUGUUUUUUAUGCAUCUCUCUUCUCUCUGUGUUGGCAAAAUAUUGUAUCCUUAGCCCUCACUUUUCUUCAGCGAUUCUGCUGUGCUUUUGCCAUCCAGAUCUUUAAAACUGGAAUUUUUAGCUUUAGCAGUGGAGAAGGCUUAAAAUUCAUACCAGAUGAGCCAAGCCCAACUUGUGCAUCCAUAAUUGAUGAGGUGGGUGAUACUUCUGAGAGUGAAAAAUUGUUGCAGAACAUCAAAAAAUGGGAUCUUGCUAGAAUUUUUCAUGUUUUGGACAGCAAUAGGGAUGGCAUGGUGAGCACAGAUGACAUACAAGGUCUGCUACAAAAGCUUGGUCUACAGUACUAUUGUGAUGAUGGUCUGAAAAUCAUGACAAAUUUUCCGGAGCAUUUGAGCUUCGAUGAAUUCUGCAGAGUUUGUGUGAGUUUGGUAGAAGAUUUUGAAUGUGCAGAGGGGGUGAAGCAGGUGUCUGAGAAAGAGGAGUUGAAGGAAGCAUUCUGUGUUUUUGACAAAAAUGAUGAUGGUUUUAUCACCCCACCUGAGCUUCAAAAUGCCUUACUCAAUCUGGGUUUCAGAGAAGCAAAUGAGUUGGAAAAUUGUGAUGCAAUGAUAGCUAAAUUUGACAGAAAUUGUGAUGGUAAAAUAGAUUUUGAGGAGUUUGAGAAUAUGAUGACAAUUGUAAACUGAGUUCACAAGAAAUUUGGAUUUUUUUUAUAUGUCAAUAUGUUUUCACAGUUUGGGAAUUUAAAUGGAUGUAUAU